GGAGCGGCGGCGGCCGGCGGCUUCGGGCGAAGAUGGCGGACGUGCUGAGCGUGCUGCGGCAAUACAACACGCAGAAGAAGGAGAUCGUGGUGAAGGGCGACGAGGUGAUCUUCGGCGAGUUCUCCUGGCCGAAGAAUGUCAAGACCAACUAUGUCAUCUGGGGGACAGGGAAGGAAGGUCAGCCCAGGGAAUACUACACUUUGGAUUCUAUCUUGUUCCUCCUCAAUAAUGUGCACCUUUCACAUCCUGUUUAUGUCCGUCGUGCUGCAACUGAAAACAUUCCUGUGGUAAGAAGACCUGAUAGAAAAGACUUGCUUGCAUACCUAAAUGGGGAAACAUCAACGUCAUCAAGCAUAGACAGAAGUGCUCCACUUGAAAUUGGUCUUCAACGUUCCACUCAAGUUAAGAGAGCAGCAGAUGAAAUAUUAGCGGAAGCAAAGAAGCCAAGAAUAGAGGAUGAAGAGUGUGUGCGCCUUGACAAAGAGCGGCUGGCAGCUCGAUUGGAGGGGCAUAAAGAAGGUAUCGUGCAGACAGAGCAGAUCAGGUCCUUGUCAGAAGCCAUGUCAGUGGAAAAAAUUGCUGCUAUCAAAGCAAAAAUCAUGGCAAAGAAAAGAUCCACUAUCAAAACAGAUCUGGAUGAUGACAUAACUGCUCUUAAACAGAGAAGUUUUGUUGAUGCUGAAGUGGAUGUAACCAGAGAUAUUGUCAGCAGGGAGAGAGUAUGGAGGACAAGAACUACAAUCUUACAAAGCACAGGCAAGAACUUUGCCAAGAAUAUUUUUGCAAUUCUUCAAUCAGUAAAAGCCAGAGAAGAAGGCCGAGCACCUGAGCAACGACCUGCACCAAAUACAGCACCUACGGAUCCUACCUUACGAAAUAAGCAACCUAUUCCAGCUGCCUACAACAGAUAUGAUCAGGAAAGAUUCAAAGGCAAAGAGGAAACGGAGGGCUUUAAAAUUGAUACCAUGGGCACCUAUCACGGAAUGACUCUGAAGUCUGUAACGGAAGGUGCUUCUGCUCGAAAAACACAAACACCAGCAGCACAGCCUGUACCACGACCAGUUUCUCAAGCAAGACCACCUCCCAACCAGAAAAAAGGAUCUCGAACUCCCAUAAUCAUUAUUCCAGCAGCCACAACCUCUUUAAUAACGAUGCUUAACGCAAAGGACCUCCUGCAAGAUCUGAAGUUUGUACCAUCAGAUGAAAAGAAGAAGCAGGGCUGUCAGCGAGAAAAUGAAACUCUAAUACAGAGAAGGAAGGACCAGAUGCAACCUGGGGGAACUACAGUCAGCGUUACCGUACCCUACCGAGUAGUAGACCAACCUCUGAAACUAAUGCCACAAGACUGGGAUCGUGUGGUGGCAGUGUUUGUACAGGGUCCUGCUUGGCAGUUCAAAGGCUGGCCGUGGCUCUUGCCUGAUGGAUCACCUGUUGAUAUCUUUGCGAAGAUUAAAGCUUUUCAUCUCAAAUAUGAUGAGGUACGUCUGGAUCCAAAUGUACAGAAAUGGGAUGUAACAGUGUUAGAACUAAGCUACCACAAAAGACACUUGGACAGGCCAGUAUUUCUACGCUUCUGGGAAACUUUGGACAGGUAUAUGGUGAAGCAUAAAUCUCACUUGAGAUUCUGAAUCCUUCAGCUGCCGUUCAUUUCCUGGAGUGUGGAUUGAGAACAAUGAAAGAGACUCCAGUUUGGAGACCAGAGCUCGCACUAUAUGUUAUGUCAAUAACUUUACAAAUGAAGAAGGGUCACAGUUGAAACUUUUUAUAAAAUCUGGUUUGGAUGCUUCAUGGCAGGUUGAUACCUGUUGUUAUUCAGAAGCAAAGGGGUUUUGCUUAAAACUAUUUUUUUAAUGUUGUUAGCCUUCUAGUCUGCAAUUCAAAUUGUAUAUUUUGAUAGCAGCAGUUUCUUCUCUGUUUUGUUAAAUUAGGCACAUUUUUAAAUAAUGUGUUAUGUUCCUUAUUAGAAAAUAGAUUGAUCUUCACUGCAGGUUACAAAUGUGUGUGUGCCUGUGCGCGUGUGCGCACGUGUGUGUGUAUAUAUGUGUGUAUGUGUCUACAUAUAUAAUGUAUAAAAAAAAAUUAUAGACACGCUAACGCACACAUAGUUAUUCCUGAGGCUUUCUAAACCACUUAGCUUCUGAGCUUAGUUUUGGUUUUCUUUGCUUAUUGUUUCACUUACUGAAAAUAUUUUGUUGUGAAUGAAUUUACAUUUUAGUCAAUAGAACUUGCAAACUGAGAAAAGUGAAGAUUGUUUUGGAAAUCAAAUUGUCAACCUGUAUAUGUAUAUUCUGUCAGUCUUGGAAAAAGGGAAGAUGAGAGUGCUAGAAACUGACUUGGAUUUGUGAUGUCCCACUUUACCGAAUCUUCAAACUUAAAUACAAAUACCUUCAGGUCAUGGUAGUUUUAAAUCUCCAUUCUCCACUCAAGUCUCUUUAUUUAAGCUGGAACCGUGCACGUAUAUGUUCCCAUCUAUCAAAAUACCUUCCUACAAGUUUAAGUGUUACCUGGACUGAACAAGGAAUAGAAAGGGACAGUUUGGAUUUUUUUUUUUUCCCCUGGAAAUGUCAGCACAAGGAGGAAUAAUGUUAACUUCUUUGCAUUUAUACCUGUGAUAUCACCACUAAUAUUAUUUUAUUGUGACAAAAGUAGCCCAGACUGUCUAGAGGAGUUGUCAUUUCCUGAUAUGAGUGGCUGAUAAGGCCUCCUAACAGUUGUGCAUCGGAGUGGAAAAUGAGUUUACUCAGUUUACCAAAGAACACAUUUGCUUGAGCUACAGUAUAAAUGAGGCCAGAAGAUCAUGGUAUUUGUUUGGAUUUAUGGUACCUGUGUAUCUAUUUAAUAAUGUUGCAUACCAGUUGAUGUAGAGAAUGAUCCGAUAUUGUAACACCUGCAUGGAUUUUUUGGGAUAUAAAAUACAUGUUUAUAUUCCGUUCUUGAAAUCCAAAACCAUGUUUUUUAAUAUACUUUACAUUUAAGACUUGACAAAAGUAAAGUGGUCUACCUGUUCUUUA